AUGUAUUCAAUUUGGUUAUUAAUUUUAUUAAUAGGUUCUCUGAUACAAAUCAUCUAUACGACAAAUCUACGUUGUAAUGAAGAUAUUAACGGAACUGUUCAAUUAAUUGAAAAUUGUCGUGCAUGUGUUAUAUUUAUCGAUACAAAAAAUAAUACAAAAAUAUCAUCAAAAAAAAUGCUUGUACAUAAUAAACCAUCAAUAAAAGAAUUAUUUUUUUAUGAUGAUAAAAAACGUUAUCGUCGUUAUAGUAAUACUAUUAUUCAUCAAAAAUGUGCUCAUGAAUCUGAUGGUCCAUUAUAUGGCUAUGAUCAAACAUAUUGUUAUUGUAAUUCAAAUCAAUGUAAUUUAAAUAUCCAACGAUGUAUCUAUGAAAUAGUAUCAAAACGUUAUUUUUCAUGUUAUCAUGGUUCUAAUACAAGUUAUUAUUCACUUGAAAUUAUUAAACAAUGUCGUAGUUGUCGUAUACGAAUUGAAACUGAUUUAACUUAUUAUUAUGAAUGUUUAACAUUUGGUGAACAAGAACAAACAAACAAUACACAUUGUACGUGUCAACAUCCAAUGUGUAAUCAAGAUUUUGCAAUAUGCCAACGUUUUCAACAGAUACCAAGUCAACCACGAGUAAAUUUAAUUCAUGCAAGCAUACUUAAUUCAACUAAGAGUACUUCUACCAAUACAAUAAUGACAAUAACAACAACAAUAACUACUACAAUAACAUCAAUGAUCAUUAAUUUGACAAAAAAUUUAAUGAUCUUAUCGAGUAGCAAUGAAACUGAAGCAGAAAUUUUGAUCGAAAAUUCAACAUUAAUUGAAUUAACUUCAGCAUCAUACAAUGAAACAUUAGAAAUUAAAACAACUAUCCUUGAGAUAAAAAAUCAUGCAAAUUAUAAUUCAUCAAAUUUUUUAAUGUAUUUCAAUCAAUUUUUGUUAGUGUGUUUUCUUUUUUUUGUUUUAACAUGUGAUCACUAA